AUUUGGGAGAAGAGCUGUCCGAUCUGGUCGAACCUCCCUGCGCGCGGUAGUUCAGUGUGGAGUGUCUCCUUUAUAAAGUGGUUGUCUGGCGAUUAUAUGAUUUUUCCCACACGACUGCCAGCAAAAUAAUUAUUAGGAAGAGAGUUUCAUAAUGUCAACGCUGGAUAUUCAACCACUAGAAAAGUCUAAAAAGUCGUCUGGAUAUAUAUGUCUUUAAACUCAGAAUUCCGUGUAGUCUGGUUCUUCAGCCUUCACGCACUUGACGCGCAAAGCACUCUAGCAACCAUCCUGGCAAACCUACCCUUUACCAAGGACCCGACAGUCUGUCUGCACAUUUGCUGGUUGGUGGACACAGAUGAGUACCAGACACUCCCUGCCCUAAGAACAACUCCAGACCUUUAUCAUCAGCCACCAACAACCACAGCAAUGACAUCCAGCUGAUGCCUAACCUGGCUUUAGGAUUACAAUCAGAUAAUUUUUUUGCUGUCUGUUCAGAUUGAUUCCUGUCAGACUGCUAGACCCAGACUGGCUGAUUGGUCUAUUGUGUCACAUUACUCUGUACUCUCAUUAUCAUUGUGAAUCGUAAAAUCUGAAUGAGCCAAAAUGCACUUAAUUGGGUGAGGUUGAGCCCUUGACUAAUGGGACGAGGUGGGGACGACUGAUGGGACGAGGUGGGGACGACUGAUAAGACGAGGUGGGGACUACUGACGGGGCGAGGUGGGGACGACUGAGGUCUUAAAGAUCCUGUUUGCUGGAGGGGUCAGUCAUGGGCAAGGAACAGGACCUCCUGGUGGCAGUGAAGAGUGGUGACAUCCUGCUGACACACAAACUCCUGGCCAAGGUGAAAUGCAGCAAAACCAAGUUGCUGGGUUCCACAAAGAGGCUGAAUGUCAACUAUCAGGACUCAGAUGGGUUUUCUGCUCUACAUCAUGCAGCUCUUACUGGCACCACCGAGCUUCUGUCUCUACUGCUGGAAGCCCAGGCCUCUGUGGACAUCAAAGACACCAAUGGAAUGCGUCCUCUCCACUAUGCAGCCUGGCAGGGUAAAGCGGACUCUGUUCUGCUGCUGCUGCGAUCUGGAGCCUCAGUGAACACCUCCUCCCUUGACGGACACACACCUUUACAUCUGUCAGCUCAGUAUGGUCACUACCACGUGUCUGAGAUGUUACUGCAGCACCAGUCCAAUCCCUGUCUGGUGAACAAGGCCUGUAAGACCCCACUGGACUUGGCCUGUGAGUUUGGGAGACUCAAGGUGGCUCAGUUGUUACUGAGUAGUAACAUGGUUGUAUCUCUUUUGGAUGGUGAGAGGCCAGACGGUUUAGGCUCCACCUCCUCCAACACACCCCUUCAUCUGGCCGCUCGUAAUGGACACAAAGACAUCAUCAGGUUGCUGCUGAAGGCUGGUAUUGACAUCAACAGAGCCACUAAGGCUGGUACCUCUCUGCACGAAGCUGCCCUCUAUGGCAAGACUGAAGUAGUGCGACUUCUGCUGGACGCUGGUAUAGAUGUGAACCUGCGGAACACAUACAACCAGACAGCUCUGGACAACGUUAACCAGUUCACCACCUCAUCAGCCAGCAGAGACAUCAAGAUGCUAUUACGAGAAGCACUGGGGUCUCUCCAGGUAAGAGCACUGAAGGACUACUGGAACCUACAUGACCCCACGGCGCUCAACCUCCGUGCUGGAGACCUUGUUAUGGUGCUGGAGCAGCACCUGGACGGAAGGUGGAAAGGUUGUAUCCAUGACAAUCAAAGAGGAGCGGACCGGAUUGGAUACUUUCCACCAUCUGUAGUGGAGGUCAUCAGCAGGAGAGCAGGAGGCUCUCUCACACGUCAGGUCUCAUUGCCAUGCCAACGUCAACAGCACUUCCUGUCCAGAGCUCCUCUUACUAGCCUUGGAUCCGCCCCCCGGACUGAUGACUCAUACACCCUGUCCUACAACCCCCCAGGUUCCUGUGUACCUGGCAGUGUCUUCCCAGCCCCAUCUAGUCCAGCUAGCCCCAGUGAGGACAUAUGGGUCCUCAGGAACUCUUCCACUGCAGGAGACAGGAACAGCGUUGGCAGCGCAGGCAGCAGCGCAGGCAGCAGCGCAGGCAGCAGCGCAGGCAGCAUGGGCAGUAGUCGUAGUGCCGGAAGUGGGCGGAGCUCAGACAACGACUCCAGACAGAAUGGGAUUGGUCAGACCAUGACUGCCGCAGUGGAAGCCUGCACCAACACACUGGUGCCCCCUGCUGGUGAGUCUGGAAAACUGCAGUUCAUCCAGACUGGAUCCAAUUGCAGCACACGAUGUGAAGGACCUGCAAGUGGACAACUGCAUGCCCACCCUGGAACUCAGUCAGAGGAACAAGGCAACUUCACGUGUCCAGAUCAAAUGUUGGAGGGCAGGGACUCUGAGGCCAUCUACCAAUGGUUGUGUGACUUCCAGCUGGAGAGCUACACUAAAAACUUCCUCAGUGCUGGAUACGAUGUACCUACAAUCAGUAGAAUGACCCCAGAGGACUUGACAGCUAUUGGUGUGACCAAGCCAGGUCACCGGAAGAAGAUCUCCAUGGAGAUAGGCCACUUGAACAUCCCUGAGUGGCUGCCAGACUACAUCCCUUCUGAGCUGGCGGAGUGGUUGAGUGCCAUCGGUCUCCCUCAGUACCAGAAGAGACUGUGUGAGAACGGAUAUGACACUAUCAGCAUCAUCAAGGAUAUCACCUGGGAAGACCUGUCUGAGAUAGGAAUCACCAAGCUGGGUCACCAGAAGAAGCUGAUGCUGGCUGUGAAGCGCCUGUGUGAUCUGCAUCGUCAUGGCCACAGCCCAGGGCUCCAGUCUAGUAAAACCCCCACAGUUCUGGAACUGGUGGCCAUCGAACGGCCUGAUCCUGGCACGGACUGCUGUCCCCCGUCACCCAAAACCCCCAGGACCCUCCUGUCUUUCCAGGAUAGCGAACUGAGCACAGAGUUACAGGACGCUAUGAGUGGGCGAGUUGCUGCAGGUGGGGUUGGGUUAGGGGGGUUUGGGGUGGGUGGGAGGGGUGUGUUGAGGGGCAUGGUCCCGCCAAUGUCGCUAAGCCAGGAGAGCAUCGGAAUGCGUUCCCGUGGAUCUGGUAAUUCUGGAAAAUCCGGAAACUCUGGGCAUUUUCUGGGGUAUUCCCAGGAGCCAAACCAGCAGUCCCUGAUGUCAGCUGGAGCGAACACUCGAUCAGACGAGAGCUUGGGAGGAGGGGGACGAGAAUGGGGGAGAGAGGGGGCUGGGGGAGGAGAGAGGCAGCGAUCCACAGACCAGCAUGGUCCUGCCCAGCUCCCCACUCAACUUCCCCCCCCACUAAUCACCCCUCUUACCCCCCCUCUCACCCCCAGAAAGAUGCCCCGCUUUGCCUACCCUGGUUUGCCCAUGCCCAGUAAACUCAAACCCUGCCAGUCCUCUGCCCAUACCCUCCCCCCCUCUUCUCCCCCCUCUCCAUGUCCUGGAGCCUCCCCCACACAGAGGAGCUUUUGCAACCUCCACACCCAGGGAAGAGGCAGCGAUCAGGGCCAGCAUGGACUAUCCAAGCCCCAGGCUGGAGCGGUACCUCUCCCUGGACUAAACCUGGAGGCCCUUCAGAGGCAGAAGAAACGCUCGCAAAGUCUGACCCGCUAUGCGCUGUCAGAUGGAGAACCAGAAGACGAUGAGUCGUCACAGCAGGAAUAUGCUCCUCCCAUAACUAUGCCCUCGUAUGCCACACUAGGACGCAAACCUGGCCAUGGCCAAUCAGAUUCCUCCACCUCCCAGCGCUACAUCAGCCGGAGCCAAUCGUUUGGCACCCGCACCCGCCGCAAAGGCCCGCCCCCACAGCCACCUAAGAGGAUGAGCUCGGUUAGUGGCAGCCAAGCCAGCCAAAUAGGAGGAACGGCGGCAGUGUCAGAACAGGUGGAGGCAGGAAGGAUGGAGACGGAGAGUGCAGGCAGUGUGAGAAGUAUCACAUCCAGGCUACAAGGGUACAAGCCUGGGGACAGUCUCUCCCCUCGCACCCACACCCACAAACCUGUUCCAGCUCUGGGGCUGGGAGGCCUGAAGAGGAUGGGAAGUGAAAGAAGGGACAAAGAUGGAUGGAUAGAUAGAAGGCUAGAAGAGGAGGGUAAAGGGAGGCAGAGUGGUUCGCAAGUUGAAAGCUCUAUGUCCAGUAUCUCCAGUGAGAACAUCCCAUUUGCAGAGGAGGGAAACCUGACCAUCAAACAGCGGCCACGGAUUGGAUCAGGCUGCCAGGCAGAGCCUAACACUCAGCCCCAGGCUUCUCCAGAAGACCCAAAGAUGCAGCCUGUAAAAUCCCUGGAAGUCCCUGAGUUCAACCUCAAGGAGUCGGACACGGUCAAGCGACGGCGUCAGCCCAGAGAUCACGAAACACACACACUAGAAGAGAUCUUCACUGCCAGCGAAGACAACAGACACGCAGAGUCACACAUGCAUGGCAGGUCUAAUGGCUUCCACACACACACCAACGGAGACACACAGCCUGAGGAGGAAGCAGAAGUUACAACAGAGGGGGGGUUACUGAGAGAAAGACCCACAGGAAAGGAGCACAAACCUGCCAGCCCUCCUCUCAAACCCGUCCUGACCACCAAACCUGCCAGCCCUCCUCUCAAACCCGUCCUGACCACCAAACCUGCCAGCCCUCCUCUCAAACCCGUCCUGACCACCAAACCUGCCAGCCCUCCUCUCAAACCCGUCCUGACCACCAAACCUGCCAGCCCUCCUCUCAAACCCGCCCUGACCACCAAACCUGCCAGCCCUCCUCUCAAACCCGUCCUGACCACCAAACCUGCCAGCCCUCCUCUCAAACCCGCCCUGACCACCAAACCUGCCAGCCCUCCUCUCAAACCCGUCCUGACCACCAAACCUGCCAGCACUCCUCUCAAAUGUGCCCUGAACACCAAAUCAGUUAGUCAACAGUCACACACAACUAUAUCGAAACCAGUCAGUCAACAGUCAUACACAACUACAUCAAAACCAGUCAGUCAACAGUCACACACAACUACAUCAAAACCAGUCAGUCAACAGUCACACACAAUUUCAUCAAAGCCGGUCAGUCAACAGAAAAUAACAACAAUGUACAAAUCAGGCAGCACACACAAUCAGGCGUAUGCCACAACCAAAAUUCAGGGUCCACAUAGACCAUAUACAACCCCAUCUAUACCAGCCAGUCUACAAAGACCACACACAACCCCAUCUAUACCAGCCAGUCCACAGAAAACAACAGCCAUUGAAUUCCUGGUCGGAGAGGCAGUGAAUCUCCAGAUACCUCCUGCAGUGUCAGGGUCUGGACCUUCCCAGCUCAGCUCAUACAAACCUCCAGCCCCUGUUCCCCUUAAUGUCCCUGCACCCUCUGCCCAAGGCCAGGCUGCCCACCCUCUCUGCUACUCCACCUCAUGGUGUCCUGGGCAGGUAGGGCAAGCAGGAAAGCCCCAGGCUGCUGAGGCCUGCUCGGAGGGGUUGGUCCAGAGGAGGUUGGAGAAGACAAGCACCUCCCUGGAGGAGGCGCUCAGAGUAGUGGAGAGAAGACUGGCUGAGAACAACUGCACACACAGUGACAGCAGCACCGUGGAAGCAGCAGGGAACAUUCUAGAUGACAUCGGCAACAUGUUUGAUGACCUGGCUGAACAGCUGGAUGCCAUGUUGGAUUAAAUCCCCCUGAUUCGGAGCAGUUGAUUUGGUUGCCAGAUAUCUGACUGCAACACAAAUGACACCCUACGCCCUAUAUAAGGUACCAUCUUAUUUCCAGAAUUGGAGUAAUUUGGGACAUAGACCGACCUGCAUUUUCCUCAGCCCCUCUCUCCCAGGGUGAACUAGGACGUAUGAAGGGAGAGAGGGAAAUGAGGGGAUUGUAAAAAGGAUAAGAGAAGGGGAAGAAGAAAAAAGGGAGCAGUGUCAUUGGGAGCAUUGAGGAGGUGUUAGGAGAACAUCUGACUGAACUUUGGGACACUGAAAGACAAACAGAAUUUGUCUUCAUAAAAAUGUCAACGAAAGCACCUACUAAUCUCCACAGAACAACACCUGUGGAUUGUGUUGUUGGAAUAAUAUCAGUGAGAGACACAGACACACAGACAGACAGACAGACACACACACACAAGUUUGUACAGAUAUCCUUAUGGGGACCA